AUUUGGAAUUAUUCUGGUGUGUCAACUUUUCUUUGCCAACAUGACUCUUUUUACACAGUUUAUAGGCUGGUGACCUACAUCUUCAUUUAUGAGGAUGUGAUCUCCUUGGUAUGCAGUGCUGUUAUCAUCUGGUACUUUGCUGGCAGCUUUGAGAAGAUGAUGGGGACUGUGAAGCAUUCCUUCCUCACUCUGACAUUUGCGGUUGCCUUAGCUCUACUCUACCUUGUACUCAGGACUGUGGCAUCUGGCCUGUUGAAGAUCACAGAUGCUGAAGGAUUCACUCCUGUGGCUUUUGCCAUGCUGGCUGCAUCAAUAGCUCGCUCUCGGAUGAGGAGAACAGUGCUCUUUGGGGUGAACUUCCGCAUGGCGCUUGUGCCCUGGCUCCUGCUUUGUGUGGCCUGGAUUCUCCCAAGUUCUUCUUUCCUAGCAAAUUUCUGUGGCCUCUUAAUUGGGAAUAUAUAUGGUUAUGGUUACUGCUUUGGUUUGGAUUUCCCUGAAUCAACAGCCUCCUUUUUAGAUCAGAAGUUCCCUUUCCGGCUGCUGAAGAGAAUUCCAGGGGUGGAGUAUGUCCCAGGAUCCCUGGCAGAAAGAAGGGCUUUCCAGAACCGAAAGUAAGUCUGCAAGUCAUCAUAAUGCUUGCUAUUUACUUAUCUACUGAUAGCAGUAUUUUUCAAAGUUUCAGUAUCUUCACAGAAUUUAAAAUCUGAUGACUUGGUUAAUUGAUGGAUUAAAAAAAGGCAUAAUUCUAUUUUUAAUCCUACUUUUAGCCCAGUAUUCUUUUUCAUAUGAGCUUGUAAAUAAGAGGUAGCCUCAAACUUUUAAACUUAAAAGACGUAAUACUUGAGAGAAAGGUGCAUUCUGUUAAAUGGGUUACGGUUAAACAUUGGCAAUUUGUUUUAAUCUUACCACAUAGUUUAAUAUAUAUUUCCCUCUUUGGUAUGAAGUAAAGUUUUGUACCUCUCUGUUAUGUGUCUAAGAAUUACUAAGAAAUACGUUCU